GUUUAAUCAGUUGGAGGAAAUCGCGUGGACAAGGGUCACGUGACCGAUGAAACAGUCGCGCGAAACACAGACACAAAAAACGAAACUGUAACAAAAUUGUAUGCGAACAUAAGAGGAGACACUUUAGCGGAGAGAACAGGAGGCAGGUAGACGCAGACGUGGCGCACAGUGAAUGGAUGUAAAUACAGCAAACAACAAGGAAAGCAACAGCGUAGCAGUAAAAAAAAAAAACAACCAACAAUAACUGCAACGUGUCCUACGAGGGCACGUCAAGUAACACUUCUGACAGUUUUGUGUUGAAAUUUGUUUGCGCUCAUGCCGCCCGAAGAGCGGCUGUGAAAUUUGGAUAUGCAAAAACGAAAAAAGUUUCGGGUCAAGCUAUGAAAUUCAUAAAAUAAAGUUGGCAAACUCAGCUUAAAUGCAGCCGCAUGUAAAAUUGUAAAUGCAGUAGUGCGUGGUGAGGACUACAACAAUUAAGCGCGAUUGUGGGAACAUUACCAGCGAUUCGUGCUUUGUAUUUUCACAUUUAUGAAUGUCGCUUUUUGAGGGGUGUUAUUGAAGUAUAUAUUCACCAUACAGACACUCUGCCCCUUUCUAUGAGCGGAGAACUUUCGUAAAACAUUUUGAGAGUUUAACCAGCGCAGGGGAGUAAAUUACACCACAGUUGGUGAAUACUAGUUCGUAUGCGGUCGUUUGCUUCCAAACAUUCGCUCAGGCCGUUAGCACUCGAUUGCUCGCUCGCUUCUUCACUCGUUUGUGGUGAGUUUUUGGCGUUACGUUGAACGGAAAACGCUGCCAUGUGAUGUUCGUAGCCGAGCGUUGCCACGUUCCAAGUCAGUUAACUCGGAAGCGUGGCCAUGUUAGUGUUGUGGCAAGUGCUAUCGCGCAUACUUUGCAGUUCAAAUUGGAAUCAAAGUCAAAACUUAAGCCUUUAAGGCCGUUAAAGCAAGUUAGAGUGUGUUACAUGGAGAUUUCAAGUGAAGCAAUUUAAAUUUAAUGAAAAUUAUAUUUGCAAACCAAUAAAUGUUGAAGUGAAAAUUUAAUAAAAUUAUAUGUAGUGAAUUAAACAAUAUAUAAUAAAAAGAAAAAUUCGAAAAUAAAUAAAAAAUUUAAUAAAUUUGGCCGAAAAUGCAAUAAAUUUCGUUCAUACAACAUAGCUGUAAACCAUAAUCAAAUAGCGCAUAAUGCAGUUAAACACUUGAGUGAGUUGUACAUCUACGUGCAUACAUAUAUACACACAUACAUGAGUAGAAAUAUAACGCAAACAGUUAAGACUGGCGUUGUUAAAAGAAAUUGUGUGUGCGAAAAUUGUCAGCGUAAUUAAAUUGAAGAGCGUUUAAGUGUGUUCCCUCAAGAGUUAAGAGAAGAGAAGAAGAAAGUAAAUAUACAUACAUGCAUAGACUUGUAAAGUACAUACUUAAUUGGAGGUGGCGUGUAGUAGCAUGAUGUUUGACUUUGAACAUAAUAUAAAUAUCUAAAUCUACAAAAUAAAUAACUAAAGUGUAAUUUUCAUGCGCUAAAGCAAAAAAAAAUAAAAUAAAAUAAAAGAAGUUAACUCAACUUAUUAUAAAAAAGACCCAUCAGUAUUUAUCACCACAACCAUUUGAGGAAAUGCUAAUUUGGGUCGCGCUAUUGAAAGGUGUUCCCGCUUAUAUUGGACACAACAUUCCGGCCGGCUGGCAUGGCAGUACAAAAAUCAGGAAUUCUACAUAAGACCGCUGCGCACAAAAUUCAAUACAACGCACGCGGUUUUCACACUUGUCAACUGGCAUUUGAAGAACUCCUACGAUACGAGUCCCACAUUUCUCUUAUAUGCAGCUGGUCCUUCUUUCGUCAAGGUGCAGUCACCUCAAUGUGGCAUAGUUUCAACGCAAAGUGCUUACAAUACUCCGAACGGAAAUGCCAUGGCCCGCCACAGACAAACCACACAACAAAGCCCACGGGCGCACAACUACAACAUCGGCAACAGUCGUACGUCGGCUGUUCGUCUGCAUAGGUGCGUGCAAAGAAAUUGUAGCCUUUGCGUUGAAAGUAGCACCGCAUGCCAGAUAACGUUGGCUACCAAGGUCCGCCGAAAAUCACGGCAUCCGCCAACGACGCUUUCGAAGAACUUUCAUCUUUUGGUACCCGCUUUGCAACUGUCUUUACAUAAUCUACUCUCUAUCCCGCUUGCGCAACUACUUUGGCUGUUUUGCUGUCUGAGUCUAGCCCAUCCCACAUUGGCCGAUUGUCCCAGCAUGUGCGAAUGCAAGUGGAAAAGCGGCAAAGAGUCAGUUUUGUGCCUUAAUGCGAAUCUCACACAUAUCCCGGUGCCAUUGGAUGCCGGUACACAGGUUCUCGACUUAACUGGCAAUGAUAUCGCCAGCAUACCGCACGACACCUUUGCGGCAGUUAAUUUGCUCAAUCUACAAAAGGUCUAUCUGGCCAAAUGCCGAUUGCGAGUGAUCGAACGUUUUGCCUUUCGCAAGCUCAUCAAUCUGGUCGAACUAGAUCUGAGCUAUAAUAUGCUGAGCAGCAUACCUACCGACACAUUCGAAUUCAUAACCGAGCUACGUGAAAUCAAACUCAACGGCAAUCCGAUUUUGCGUGUACAAGAUGAUGCUUUUGGCUUUGUGCCGCAGCUGGUGCGCUUGGAAAUGUCCGACUGUAAGUUGACGACAGUCGAAGUGCGUGCCUUUGCCGGUCUUGAGUCGACUCUUGAAUGGCUCAAAUUGGAUGGCAACAAAUUGAGUGAGGUGCGGUCGGGCACCAUAACAUCGCUCACGAAUUUGCACGGCAUUGAGUUGGCACGCAAUCAGUGGAAUUGUUCCUGCGCGUUGCGACCGUUACGUGCAUGGAUGCUGCGCGAGAAUAUACCAUAUGGCAUACCACCGCUGUGUCGCGCACCACCUCGUCUGGCUGGCAAAACGUGGGACAAAAUCGACCUGGAUGACUUUGCUUGCGUGCCACAGAUAAUUGCCACCGACACAACAGCACAUGGUGUAGAGGGACGCAAUGUGACGAUGAGCUGUUAUGUGGAGGGCGUGCCGGAACCAUCGGUGCGAUGGAUGGUGAAAAAUCGAGUGAUUGCCAACUUAACAGCAACGGGUGACCCAACGGCAAGUCCACGCACUGCGGCGGCAACGCAAGGACGCAAGACGUACGUGGUAAACAUGUUACGCAACGCCUCCAAUCUGACCAUACUUACCGCCGACAUGCAGGAUGCGGGCAUUUAUACCUGCGCAGCUGAGAACAAAGCCGGCAAAGUGGAGGCAUCCGUUACACUGGCUGUUUCGCGACGACCACCCGAGGCGCCAUUGGGUGCAAAAAUUGUGCUCCUAUGCAUUUUUACAGCUUUGCUCUUUGUGGUUGGCUCCUCUUUUGCCGCAAUUUGCUUUUGUUCGCUACGUCGUAAACGCAAAAUGCGGUUGUGGAACUCAGUACCACCAGCGCGCACAGAAAGUUAUGAAAAAAUUGAGAUGACAUCACGUGUCUGCUCGACCAGCGGGAAUGGGCCGAAUGGGGGCAAUGGCGGCGGUGCUGGAAUGGGGAAUCGAAAGCCCGACUUGGGUGGCGGUUCCACGGUCGGUAGUGUGGAUGUCUCUAGCAACUUUUGCAAUACUAAUGGCGGUGGCGGUGGUUUAUAUCCUAACGACAACAGCGAUUACCUGCACACGGCCACCACUCCUCUUAAUUGUGGCUCAGAUGACGGCGGUGAUACUGGUGUGGCUAUUGUGAACCCAAGUGGUGGGAGCGCCAAACGCAAUGGUGACUACCGCAAUAUACCAACACACUGCGACGAUGAUGAGGAUUGUUUGGAUGCCAACUACCAGUCGGCGGCAAAAACCAACUAUGCAGGAGGCAAACACGCAAAUCAGACAUCAGCAGCGGUACGUUGGCGUGCGAGUAUUGGUGGUGGUGCUACAGGGAUGCGCGAAAGUCCGCUAGAUAUCAAAAGAAAUGCAAACGCGGGGAGCGGCAGUGGGGAAUGUGACGGUGAUGUGGGGCCACAAAAAUCGGAUUUACACAUACCAAGGCUAAUCGAAUUAGGCGGUUCGGACUCUGCCUCCAGUUCGAUCUCGAGUCAAGUGGACGCCGCAGCACGCUUGGGUGGUUACAAUCCCAUUCCCACCUGGACAACCACACCCAUUGCCACAACGAAGAUAACCUCACCGCAUAGCAAACGAACGGGCGGACAAACAGUUGGUCCCAACAACAAUGCUUACUACAACAACGAUGAUAUCAGCACAUCGGUAUUCUGUAGUGGAGACAGUGUCGAGAAUGAUCUCUUCGACAGCAACUACCCCGAUUUGCUGGACAUCGCUAAAUACGCAGUGGCGCAGGCAACUAAUUCCAACAACAAUAACUCGCAUUAUGGUGUAAAUGCAGGGGCGGGUAGUUUGACAAAUAAGGCGCUUUGUACGCUGCCUCGAAAAUUGAAAAACACCGGCAAAUACUUUAAAAGCUCAUCGGAUAGUCAAUCACCGCUGCUAGCGGACAACUCAAGUAAAUAUGGCAGUAGCACAUUGGGGGAUGCUAGCUUCCUAAACGAGUUGACGAUGGGCCGACGCUUCUCCGCCGAAUCGACAUACUCGAAUUACGUUGGCACAUCCACAUACACCAGCGGGCAACGUUCGAAUAGUUUCCUCAACUUGGUGCAAAGCAGCAAUAAAGGAAAUCUCAACUUAAGCGGCAGCGCUGGUUUGGGUACGGCGGCUAUGGGAGUUAAUGGCGUGCGACGCAAUCCCAGUUUGCCUUCCUCCCCAAUUCACGAUGCGCAUCAGCAUCAGCGUUCUUUCAGCUCAGCGGCGACGCCCCUACUGGACUUCUCCACGCUUACCGCACGCACGGGCGUAGGUACAACCCCAGCCGUUAACCUAGCAGCUGUCUCUGCAGCAUUACAGCCGACAACGAAUACGUCAACGGUUGCCGCUUACGACUACCAUGCUGCGCAGCUAGAACGCUUUCUCGAAGAGUAUCGCAAUCUUCAAGAUCAGUUGUGCAAGAUGAAGGAAACCUGCGAAACGAUACGCAAGAAAGAGGUGCCGAUGCGCGGUGCCGUUGGACAUUCGGCCCAACUGGCCGAUCCGGUGAUGUAUAAUGCGGCACUUGCGGCGAACAAUUCACCCGCCACGAAUCCGAAAACUACGACACUUAAGAGUAAAACUCUGCUGCCGGGACAGCCACCCGAUCCACCACCUUAUUGGCUGCACCGCAACGCGAUGCUGAAGCGUCUAAACGAGUCGCAAGCGGAUAUAUUUAAGAGCUAAUGAGACUGAGACUGUAGCAAACAGAAGCAGCCAACUGGGCGUGUAGGCGUGGCCGUGGGGUGCUAGUAAGCCCACAUAGUAGCUGUUAUUUAAUCGAGCGAUACCGAAAUGUGGUUAGUUUUGUUAAAAUUACCGACUCAAUUUGGAUCCAUAGUCACACCUAUACAUACAUACAUACAUACAAGCAAAAAUGCGUAUUAAAAAUGUAAUAUUUUUUUUAAGAAAUUACAACUGGUGUGCUCAGUUACACAAGAUAUUGUAUACCAUACAUAUGUAUAUUUAUUAUUCAAGGUCAGUGAAACAUCAAAACUCAACUCGCAUAUAAAUACUUAGGUAUGUCAACUACAUAGAUUUAACUGUAUAUAUAUACACACAUAAAACACACAAACGAUACAAGUAUUUCUUACUUAAAGUCUAAAUAUUUAUAAGCAUAAGUUACUCUGCAAUGGAAAGCUCUAGUACUUAAAUAACUUAUACAAAUACAGCAAUUACAUUAAACUAUAGCAAAGUAACAGUUAGACUAGCAAGUAUGUAUACUAGACAAGUCAUAACUCAAGAAACUAAAAUAUUUUUAACUAUUAUCUCUAAAACGCAUGUACGAUCUCGUAUUCCUUUCCGAUACUAAGCCGCAAGGUGAUUUGUUAAAGGUUUUGUGUAAAUGGGUCGCACUCGUUGCAUUGGUAGUUGAUGUGCGGUAGAAUCUUACGAUAACAGUUGACCGUUAAUUAUGCGAGCGAGUGUUCGAUUGUGCAUGAAAAUGUAAAAAAUAUUGUUAGUUGUGUGCAAUACAAGUUUAACUUAAAAUUAGUUUGUAAAGUAUUGAACUAAGUAGUGCAUAAUCAAAGUUAGUUAUUACAUUAGGGAUAUAUACAUAAGAUAAAUUGAGAAUUGAGAUUUUGAAAAAAGGAAACAAAUAAAUUAGUUAAA